AUGCCUUCCGGAAGCUGCUUCUGCGGCGCCCUCAGAUAUUCGUUCGAGGGCGAUCCCAGCUACAAGGCAUACUGCCACUGCUUGACAUGCCGCAAGAUUACCGGGAGCAAUGCGGCUAUGACAGCUCUGGUGCCAGAUGCGAACUUUAGCACCUCGUCGGAAUCGUCACCCCAGUACAAGACCUACACGGUGACGCACGAGACCGGCAUCCCUCUGACCUACUCGUUCUGCGCCAAUUGCGCCACUGUCUGCUGGAAAACGGCGGGCGCAGGUUGGCCUGACCACCAUAUCAUAUUCGCGGGCACUUUGGAUGGCGAAGGCACUUUGGAAAAGCUUAAGCCUGAUGCAGAGUUCUGGAUUAAGUAUCGUGUUCCAUGGGUGAAGGAUCUGGGAGAUACGGGUGUCAUGCAAUGUCAAGGCUUCCCUGAAAAUUGA